GAUGACCCCAGGACUGACCCUCCUUGGGGUAGGAGGAGAGAAUGGGAAGUUGUUUUUCACUUUUCCUUUCUGCACCUCCGAGAGAGGUGGUCUUUCCCUGAGAGGUUUGUCUCCUCUUCGCCUGAGCUCAGCACAUCUCAGUUCGGUACACUCUGAUUGCCGCUCCUUCAUAUUUUUUUCUAAGUCAUAUCCUCCGGGAAAAUACCAGACUAUCCUAAACCUACCCCAUUCCGAGGCCAGGAGAGGGCUUGAAGUAAGGAGGCGUGUCUUGGGAACCGCCUUUGCUUCCAAUCCUGGAAAGCUGUUUUGUGUUGCCUCUUAGGGAUGGAUACACGUUGAGGAGGUGGGGAAAACUAAGUGGGUUGUCAGGGUAAUCUGAACACGCUGUGUUCAGGCCGCAGGUUUUUAUUUGCUUUUCCUUUUCAUUAGCAGAAGAAACUCUUGAAUUCUGAGAAUAGCGACUCAGUAUCAUGGCCAGCCGCCUUGAUGAAAAUCCAGAAGAAAGUCGAAUCACUUACGUGAAAGGAGAUCUUUUCGAAUGUCCCAAAACAGACUCUCUCGCCCAUUGUAUCAGUGAGGAUUGCCGAAUGGGUGCUGGAAUAGCUGUUCUCUUCAAGAAGAAAUUUGGAGGAGUGCAGGAACUGUUAAGUCAGCAGAAGAAGUCUGGAGAAGUGGCUGUUCUGGAGAGAGACGGGCGAUAUGUAUAUUACUUGAUUACAAAGAAACGAGUUUCACACAAGCCAACGUAUGAGAACCUACAGAAGAGCUUAGAGGCCAUGAAGUCCCAUUGUUUGAAGAAUGGUGUCACUGACAUCUCCAUGCCCAGGAUUGGAUGUGGUCUGGAUCGACUGCAGUGGGAAAAUGUAUCUGCCAUUAUUGAAGAGGUGUUUGAGGCAACAGACAUCAAGAUUACCGUGUAUUCACUCUGAACAGAUGAAGAUGUUGGAUGAGGCCAUGGUCUUUUGUGUCAUCCCUACUGGGCUGUAGGAGGAAACAACUGUAGGACCUUAAAAUGGACAGAGGACUGUGUGUGUGAGAGAAACUGUGUCACAGAUCAGAUGAGGGUUUCUGUGUUCCAAGAGGAUAUGGAGGGCACUGCUCCCAAGCAGUGUCUGCUAUUUUGCUGGAGGGUGAGGUGUCACUGGGCUGGGCAACCAGAUGGGUAAACUGUUCUAGGGUCUAUUUUGCUCCUCUGCUACUGGGUUUGUUUGACUGGCCACUAGGUGGCAGCGUUGAUUCUAACCCUCUUUUAAAGAGGAAUUGUGGGAAGGGUAAGCUUUUGAGAUUCUUGCACAUUGUUUGUGUUUGUGCACUUGGUGUUAGUCUGAUGCCAUCAAAAAUUAUCACAGGAAAGGACUAUGCUUGUUUUGUUUUAGUUACAAAUGUCACCAAAGAGUUUGUGAUAA